AUAAAAAAAAAACUUGGUAGACUCGCGAAAUUUCAAUUGUGUCACAUAAAUUGAGGCGGAGGAUAUACUACUUAAGGUCUAGUCCAGGAUUUCAGAACUCAUAAAGUUCAAUUCUUGAUCCACCUUUUCUUAUUAAGCAAUUACAGGUUAAUCUUUUGACAAACAUUAGUAAUUGAUGAUCUGAUACAAAUGAAUUUCAGCUUUUCCUCAAUUUAAUUAGUGAAAUGCUAAGCCAUAGUUCUACACUGAAUGAGCUACACUCCUGGUGGAUAAAAUCUUGAGAAAUUCUCAAUGGAUAAGAGAUAUCAUAUUGAAGCUCAAGAAAUCAUAGAAUAGAUUUCAAGCUUUGCAGCCACAUAUAGGAAGACAAAAUUGGUUGGGUUCCCCUUAGUGAAAAUCUUGGAAAAUUGAUGGAUUGGAGAUUGCCAAGAGUGCAUUAAUUGCUAUACAUGGGAUCUUGAUACCCAAUGAAAUCAUAGCUAUAGACAGCACUAGAUAAGAGGAUUUUUUCUCUCUACUUAACCCCUAUACAUUCUGAACCCAACUAACUUCAGCAUCCUUACAACCAACUUCAACAAUAUUUUAUACCAUCAAACACUUACCUUUCUCUUGAGAUAAGCCAUGGCAGCUUCUACAAUGGCUCUUUCUUCCCCUUCUUUUGCUGGACAGGCAGUGAAACUCUCACCCUCUGCCUCAGAAAUCACUGGAAAUGGAAGGAUCUCUAUGAGAAAGGCUGUCACCAAGCCUGCCUCAUCUGGCAGCCCAUGGUAUGGCCCAGACCGUGUUAAGUACUUGGGCCCAUUCUCCGGUGAGGCCCCAAGCUACUUGACCGGUGAAUUCCCUGGUGACUACGGGUGGGACACCGGUGGACUUUCAGCAGAUCCAGAAACCUUUGCCAAGAACCGAGAACUCGAGGUGAUCCACUGCAGAUGGGCUAUGCUUGGUGCCCUUGGAUGUGUCUUCCCCGAGCUCUUGGCCCGUAACGGUGUCAAGUUUGGUGAGGCUGUGUGGUUCAAGGCUGGAUCCCAAAUCUUCAGCGAGGGUGGACUUGACUACUUGGGCAACCCAAGC